AUGACCAGCGAGAUGCCUUCGACCAUUGACCUCCCGACCGUUGCCCAGAUUGAAGCGUCGACCGAUGUCCUUAGUAUACGAACAAAUGCCAUUAAAAUGGUUCGAGUGAAAAAACGCUUCGCGGUCAAGAUUGGAUAUGCCAUUCCACCUUUAGAAGCAGAGAACAUGAAAUUCGUUUCAGCCAACAGCAAGGUUUCUGUGCCAAAGGUUCAUGCCAACUUUGUCGAUCCAGAGACCCAGAAAAGAUAUAUUGUUAUGGAUUUUGUCACUGGAACCGACUUGCAAAAACUACUACCAUCCCUCACAUCAGCCGAGAAGACGACGGUCAGCGAGCGAAUCAAAGAGGCAAUCAACGAACUACGAACAAUACCACCACCGGACUACUUUGGAAACUUGAAUAGCACACCUUAUAUUGACGGUAUUCUUUCAACGCCAGAUAAUAAUCCAAUCAUUUCCGGGCCAUUCAAGGAUCAGGAACGGAUGAAUCAUGGAAUACUGGAGAAGCUAGGCCAAACGCAAUCACCGCACUACAUUCGUUUAUUGCGAGAAAUGGUCAACCGCACCCUCAAGAACCAUCGAAAUGUUUUUACCCACGGAGAUCUACUGCCAAAGAAUAUAGUCGUGGAGCGAGUGUUCUGCGAUGGUGGAAACACAGACUUCAAAGUUACUCUUAUUGACUGGAAUUUGUCAGGCUGGUAUCCCGAGUUUUGGGAUUUUUGCAACUCAACAUUAUAUUGUCAAAUGAAACCAGAUUGGCUCGAGCUCAUCCCAGACAUAUUUGAUCAGUACCCGUUGGAAUAUCUCAUGAUGCAAGUUGUCUACUCGUUCGUCUUUUAUUGA